GUUGUAUGCAGACGGCAGCGGCGGAGCGGGGGGUCAGUGUUUCCUGAUCAACAUCUAUGUCAGCUUCGCGUGAGGCUGGGCUGCUGUCGGGUGGCGAUCCUGCAAUAACAGUCCAUCUUGCACGCUCCUUCUUGCUGGCGCCCGAUGCCUUCCUAUGGCCAGCUUUUCUGCGUCUAAGGAAAAGUGAGCGAUUCUGUUGGACACAAAACACAAUUCAUCCCUCGCAUCGUAAUUCGAUUAAUGGUGGAGAGCUGCAGCGGCAGGAAGCAUCGCGACGAGGGAGCUAGCUACUUCGCUUGCCGCCACUCAAAGCUCGGGCGGUAAAACCAGAAAGCGCGGAAAAGGUGUUAGCCUCCGAGGCCACAGCAUUUGACAUCGAGACUCGAGAGUUAAAAACUGUGUGGACUUCGCUGCCCGACCUGGAAGUGAGAGAAAAAACUCAAUGACUCAGAGUUUAUCGAGGCGUCGACAAGAAGAAGGUAGCAUUAGAACACUUACAAAGCAAAUGUCAAGAAGCUUAUUUCCUUGGCCGUCAGAGAUCGGGGACAGCAGCUAGCUGCAGGAGCCAGGAAGACUAAAAAAAAAAAAAAAAGGAAACUUUGGAACAAUUUUACGGAAAGCGAGAAAAGGAGAGAAAGUGGGUAACGGAAGGGAGGGAGAAAUAGUAAAGGAGAGAAGCUGUGACUAAUGUACUCCCAUACCACACGGCGCCAAUCUUUGCACCUCCAGGCCUCAACACUGGAGCACUCCACUCGACGCCUGGAAACGAAAAAAAAAAAAAAAACUCUGCUAGCUGUUAGAUCACGCCGUGGAAAGCCCUCGCCAGCUCGACACGUUCCUCACGUAUAAAACUCUCUCUACAUAUAAGGCGGACAUCUUUCUAAAGCCACUCAAUGGACACUUUAAAAGAGAUGGCUUCACUGUGAAUUACGACCUUUAUUUCUGGCUUAUGAUGCAUUGAUCUGUCAGAACUGAUCGUGGUGCAUCGAUUCUAUGUGCUAUGUCAUCGUCAUCACACGAAUGCAGCAUGUCAGCCUGCACAUGAUGCUACAGCGAAAUCGAAGACCUUCACGCACAACUUUAAAGUUGCUGAAAACUUCUCACCUUGACAAAAGCUCGAGAUCAGGUAUCCAUGGAUCCGUUUUCAGGGAGACAUGAUAAAACAUGAUAAACUAAAAUAGAAGCGUCUUUGUCAACAGGCUACACCAGUUUCAGACUAACAAAAGUCGUUGACAAUGGCAUUGUCCAUGCGUGGAGUUUAAGAAUAUUUUUACAAAUAUUUGACCACACUCCCGUCUUUGUGUUACUAUGAAUGGAGCUGUCUUCACACACCAGUCGUAAAGGAAAUAAGAUCAAUCAACUGCCCUGAAAUCAUUGGCGCGAGUCUAGUGAUCAUUAGCGCUUGUGGAAGUCUCAACCAAAGACGAGUGCCACCCUGCUUUGCUUGGCAUGUCGGGGAAAUCAUCGAUACAAUAACUCGACGGUCAUCAAGAAGACGGAGAUGAAUCAAUAGACGUUUUUCUGCCCGUGGAACCAGCCCGCUGGUGAUACGGUGGUGGCUGAGGGACUGUGCACGGCAACCCAUACUCGGGAGAUUAAAAUGUUAGUGUGGCGUGGCCAGGGCCUGUUAGCACUCUCUCCAGCCUGUAGGUAGCUGUCAUAUGACGCGCAGGUCUCCAACACAUCUUUGAUUAGAGGCCGGCCAGCGGUCCCCACGCUCCUCGUCUCCGGCAAAUGAGGAAAGCUUUCUAAGAGUUGUCGGCCUGUCGUCUACCUACCUACAGGUGCCUACAGUCGACACAAGGCAUGAUGUGGCCAGCGGUGACAUUUACUCUCCUCAUCACUGAGUGGAUUGUAAGGACAGAAACCUUCACUCAAAAAGUGCCAGUCGGUAUUAUUCUUGACCAAAGCGCAGUGGAUGUCCGCAACACUGUCCUUAAGAUGGUGGAAUACAACAACCGCAACAGAACGGAUACAUCAGACAACCGCAUCGUCAUAGAGGAGGACAUCACCACCGUGGACAUGGAUGACAGCUUCAGACUGAGCUCAACCAUCUGCAACCAGCUUAACAAAGGCGUGUUCCUGAUUAUGGGAGGUAGUUCGCCCAAAUCGUUUAACGUCAUCCAGUCCUUCAGCCACGCCCUGCACGUGCCGUACGUUAUUUACACAUCCAAUCGCAAUCAGGCGGCCGACGGCUACACGUACGACUUCAGCGUCAGUCCUGCUUACAUCGAUGCCAUUAUCGACAUCAUUAGGUUUUUCCAGUGGAGGAAAAUCUACUACCUCUUUGAUUCUGAUGAUGGCCUGUGGCAGCUCCAGCGUGUGUACGAAGCUUUUCGUGACCCCAAACAUCUUCUGCUGGUGGACGCCAGACGCGUCGGUGACCCCAACCACGUGCACGACCUUCUACGUCGUCUGGACCGCGUCAGCCGCUCGGAGAGAAAGCGCAUCGUGCUGAACUUCUCCUCCACAGAAGUGUAUCAGAAGAUUCUCAACCAGAUUGUCGAUGUCGGCAUGAACAGAGAGAACUAUCAUUAUCUUCUGGCUGGACCGCAGGACAUUGACAAGCUGGAGUUGCGCUCUUUUGAGUACGGAGUGUAAAUGUUACUGGUUUCGGCUACCCCUGGUGGACCACUCACUCCUGCCAGGUUUCAACAGUUCAUGACUAGCUCUAGACGAGACAAGAGUGUGUAUAACUUAUCUGCAGAUGAAGCCUUGGCGCUGGACGCCAUGCUGGCUGUACUCAGCGGUCUGAACGAUCUCCUGGCGGACGAGGAGGGGGUCAAGAUCUUCAAAAGCACCUUCCGCCGCCGAGAAAUGUACAAUGUUGACAUGAAGGGCAUCCAGUGCUGGAACCGCAACAUAACUCCCUGGACACACGGACCAGCCAUCAAGAGGGCGCUAGAAAAGGUCAAGAUUUCAGGAUGGACUGGACCGAUAGCUUUUGAUGAACACGGAGUCAGACAGAAUCACACCUUAGAAAUUUUGCAUCUGACCUACAGAUCACCACUUAAGAAAGU